AUGGUACCAUGCGAUAUAUUGUUAUCGACUCGACUUGUUUCAGAUACGCCCAUCAUUGACAGCAGUCCCAAGUUUAUAUCAUGCAAGUUCCAAUGGCUUCCGAGUGAAUUCCGUGUCGAACAGGAUGGCAGUGUGACCAUCAACUCAUACAUCAACAAUCUGAAUCCGAUAUGGCAUCGAGACAUGUAUAAAUGCAUUGCCAAAAUAUUCAAAUGUUUUGUCCCGAUGUUUGAAAGUCUGUUCAGAACGAUGGAUCCAAUGUUCAAGUAUAUUAAUAUUCGCAAUGGCACAAAGGGAUAUGAACCGUCAAGCCAGUCAGAUCAUGAUGAUAUGGAACCAGACACUCGAGUCAUUCGUCCCGUGUAUGUACCAACACUUCCGGAACAUUUCCAAUCCAAAUAUGAAUCAGCAAAGCCAGUGUCACUGCGUGGUCGUAAUCUGCAAGUCAUUGUCAAACUCACCAACAUUCAACUGACACCAUCCAAACCUAAAUAUGACGAGGGAAACUGGCACAUUGAAGGUCCAACUAACGAAUCGAUUGUUGCAACUGGACUGUAUUACUACGACGUGGAAAAUAUCACCACACCCAAACUCGAUUUCCGCGAGGCUGUUGAUUGUUUUUAUCAAAGGGUAUCAGAUAUGUAUUGGAAAGAUGUGUAUGGUAUUGAUCGAGAAUCACUACAGAAUCAGUAUAUAGGAUCGCUUGAAGUAUCAAAUGGUCGAUGUGUAGUUUAUCCCAAUCGAUACCAGCACAAGGAACAAUCAUUUGAACUUGCAGAUCCAACUCAACCAGGACACUGCAAGAUUCUGACAUUUUUUGUAGUGAAUCCAUCUUGUCGGAUUGUUUCGACUGCACAUGUGGCUCCACAACAACCACAAUGGUACAACUCGAGUCUUGACAAGACACCCAUACCGCCUGAACUGUGGAAUGAUGCCACGCAGUAUAUUCAAGGUGUUCAAUCACCAGCUGAAGCCAAACACUAUCGAGAUGAAUUGACAAGUGACCGAACUCAAAUCACAGCGGCAUAUAACAAGGACAUAUAUGAACAGAAGUAUAAUCUUGGUCUUUGGUGA